AUGAUACAGACCGAUUGUCUAUACUCUGCCGACGACCUCUAUACCAUUCGGCAAGGAGACAGUGAGCCCCUUCGGGAGUACGCAGUUAGAUUCAGCCACGAGUAUUCUCGGUGCCCAGAAAUCGACGACCUAGCAGCCUUCGGCGCCUUCAAAAGUGGUCUCCGAGCCUCCCAAUUUCGCUACCUAGUACACAGCAGCAAUUGGACCACCUAUGGCGAACUUAUGAAGCAGGCAACCAUUCACGCCAAGGCCGAACACUUCAACUCUAAAGGAAUGCCUUCGGCAUCUCCUGGCCAGACGGCAAGCACAAGUCAGCCUUCGGCAUCUCCUGGCCAGACGGCAAGCACAAGUUUCAGCAUCCACCAGACCACUAAUCAAACUCCCUACCGAACGGCACCCACUGUGCCCGCACCUUGCACAACGGGGGAUAAGCGAAGGGACUUGUUCCAGGGUCGGCAGGACGGAGGCAAACGCAAUAAGGAGUCAGGUGGCCGAAACUUCCAAAGCACCAAAAGCGACCGACCGCUGGAGGUCUUCACCAUUCUUAACUCGACCUACGAACAUGUCCUCAUGGCCGAAAAUCAGAUGAUUCCGAAGCGAAGCCUCCGGAAGUUCCCUCGUCAAGUCGACAAGAAUACAAGAGUCUUCUGCCGAUACCACCAAUACAACGACCACGAUACUGAGUCCUGCAUCGCCCUCCGAAGGAUCAUUGAAAAACUGAUCAGCGACGGCAAACUAGACCAGUAUCUGAGUGCACAAUCGGGUCCCGAGCACUAG